AUAUUUUAAAAUUAUUUUUACAAUUUACAAUAAACAAAAAAAUUAGGACAAUUUUUUUUUUUUUCACUUUAAGAACACGUUAAGAUAAUCAUUAGGUCUUAUUGAGAAACAGAAAAUGGCGACGAAGAAGUUGAUGAAAGCGAGAGCAUUGGCAACAGUAAAAUCUUCUUCAGCGAUCCCCAACCUCCCUCUUCCCUCUCCACCCUCUGACACACCCGUGUCCCAAGUUCACUAUGCCCGCUUCCUGGACUUCUUGAAGGCCCAUUGGGCCCCGCCGUUCACCCCCGACACCCUCCUCCACUUCCUAAAAUCGAAGCUCCACCACCACCCUUCCUUCUCUCAAUUCGACUUCCACCUCUUCACCUGGGCCUCCUCCCUCGACUCAUUUCACCACACCCAUGCCACGUUCCACUGGAUGGCCCGCACCCUCGCCGCCACCCAUCGCCUCCCCCAGCUCCGCGCCCUUCUCCACCUCAUCGCCACCCACCCCUGCCCCUGCUCUCCCUCCAUCUUCUGCUGCCCCCACACCCAACCCAUCUUCUCCCACGCCAUCCACGCCUUCUCCAAAUCCUCCCAACUCCACCACGCCCUCUCCGCAUUCCACUCCAUGACCAAACUGAUCGACUCCAAGCCAGACGUCGCCGUUUUCAACGUCCUCAUCCACGCCUUCGUCAAACGCGGUAACCUAAACCAAGCCCUCCAGUUUUACCGCGAGAUGGUGGUUAGCCACCGCGUUAAGCCUGACGUUUUCACCUUCAACAUUUUGAUAAGUGGUUACUGCCGGAACUCGCAGUUCGCAUUGGCGUUGGAUGUGUUUCAAGAGAUGGGGAAAAUGGGGUGCGAGCCCAAUGUGGUUACUUUCAAUACCUUGAUCAGGGGGAUGUUUAGAGAGGGGAGGGUUGAGGAUGCCAUUGAGAUGGCUCGCGAGAUGGUUCAAUUAGGGUGUGAGCUUUCGUGUGUUACUUGUGAGGUUUUGGUUCAAGGGCUUUGUAAGGAAGGGAGGGUUUUGCAGGCGUGUGAGUUGUUGCUGGAGUUUUCUGAAAAGAGGGUUUUGCCUAAAGGGUUUGAUUGUUUUGCUUUGGUGGAGGUUUUGUGUGGGCAAGGGUGUGCUGUGAGAGCGUUGGAAGUUGUUUAUGAGUUGUGGAAUGGGGGGAGUGUUCCGAGUUUGGUUGCUUGUAUUGCUGUGGUUGAUGGGUUGAGGGGGUUGGGGAAGACCCAUGAGGUGCAGAGAUUGGUGGAAAGGAUGCUUGAUGAGGGUAUGGUGCUGGAUGUUGUGACUUUCAAUUGUGUUCUUCGGGAUAUUUGCGAUGCACGCAGAACCGAUGAGGCGAAUAGAUUGAUGUUACUUGCUUUGAGCAAGGGUUUGGAACCGGAUGACAUGACUUAUAGGACUUUGGUAAUAGGGUAUACGGAGGAGGGAGGGAGGGAGAAAGGAGAGUUUCUGGUGAAUGAAAUGUUGGAUAGGGGGUUCAUACCUAAUCUUGCUUCAUAUAAUAAGUUGAUGAGUGGAUUGUCUAAUUGCAGACCCUCUACAUGCCGUCAAGUAAACAAAUUUGAUCGCUGAAGAUGCAAAUAUUUAAGAAUUAACUUGGAUUUCAAUUGACACCGUUGAUGGGCCAAGGUGAUUGUGAAAUGAUUGUGAACUGGACUGGUAAGGGAAUUGGAAACAUGUGUGGAGGAUUGAAACGACAAAACUCCUUGUCUCAUAACUGCAAAAAACCAGUAGAUAAUCUGCAGUCACUCAGGAGACGUGUCAUGGGAGCUGUACUGUUCCAUUGAUUAAGACCAGGACAGAUGCCAUUACAGCUGUGCUAAAGCCACUUGAUUAAAUACCAGAAGUGGUAUCAUUUGAUCUAUUCACCAUUGAUCGGUACACAGAGGAGUGUUGUUAAAGUUAAGAACUCAAAACCAAGCUGGAAGCAGUGCUGUUGAGUACUUGGACAAUUGCAGUACUUUUGUUGAGGCCAAAGAUCCUUGUACACCUUCAACAUGUUUUGACAAAACAAAGAAGUAUAUAAUGUUUUAGUAGAUUAUUUUAACAGAUAUUAAUAAGCAUUGUAUAAUCUAAGCAGAAUGGACAGGGGGACAUACAGGAUGAAAGAAAAAAGAAACUACGAGAUGAUAGUUUGUAUCAUCUUCUGUUUUGGUUUGAUUGAUAGUCCAAAAUUUACUUUUUUAAUGAUGUUGACCUACAAUUACUUUCUUAGGUUUCAUCCUUUUGUGUUUUCUCUUUUAUGCUUCAUAUUCUCAUGUGACAACUUUGGCCAUGCUAUUUAAAAUCUGCAAAUUGCUGUAUGUCACUUCAUUAUCUGAUUUUUAUGUCAUAUUUUGGCUUCUAUAAAGUGAAGAACACCCUUUAGAAGAUAAUGAUUUUAUAUUUAGAAAAUUAACUGUUGUGAUAAUAACCAAAUACAUGAACGU